AGCUUGAACUCUUAUAUGUCUUCCCAACAAAGCUAUGUGGCCAUAUAAAGGCGUCAUGUCAUAGUGAAAAUUCAACCAUUCGUUCUUCGAGUUUUAGCCGGCAACCACUUUCUCUUUCAAAAUGAAGUUUCUGAUAGUGCUUUGUGCAGUUCUAGCCUUGGUUCAAGCCGAUUGGAAAACAAAGGCGCCAGAAGAUUUGAUUAAGGACCGUCUAGAAUGCUUCGAAUCAGAGAAAGUCUCCCAUCAUUGUCAAGAGCAAAUCAAGAAAGGCGAGUUUCCCCACGAGCCUGGCUGCUACUACCGUUGCAUUGGAUUGAAGUCUGGAAUCUGGGAUGAUACCAAUGGGUUCAAUAUCGAGAGAGGCAUUGCAUCGUUCGAGGCGACUGGAUGGGUAGUGGAAAAGGAUAAUCUGAAGAAAUGCACCACCGAUGACCAAAAGAACGAUGAUCCAUGCAAGUGGUCUGCAGCUAUCGCGAAAUGUUUGUUUGAUAACAAGUAUCUUAAGAGGAAAGCAUAAAAAGGUUGAUUUGGAAGAUGUGGUGAAAUAUACAAUGCAGUGAUUUUUUUA